AUGAGCCUUAUGCAGUGGGGGCUUCUGUUCAGUUGCCUGGGCUGCAGGAUCCUGCCUGGGGCCCAGGCCCAGUUCCCCCGGGUCUGCAUGACCUUGGGAAGCCUGGUGAACAAGGAGUGCUGCCCGCCACUGGGUGUGGAGCCAGCCAAUGUCUGUGGCUUUCAAGAGGGCCGGGGGCAGUGCACAGAGGUGCAAACAGACACCAGGCCCUGGAGUGGCCCCUAUGUCCUGCGAAACCAGGAUGACCGUGAGCAGUGGCCAAGAAAGUUCUUCAACCGGACGUGCAGAUGCACAGGAAACUUUGCUGGCUACAAUUGUGGAGGCUGCAAGUUUGGCUGGACCGGCCCCAGGUGCAAUCAGCGGAAGCCACCAGUUGUCCGGCAGAACAUCCAUUCCCUGACCCCUCAGGAGCGGGAGCAGUUCUUGAGUGCCUUAGACCUCGCAAAGAAGAGCACACACCCUGACUAUGUGAUCACCACUCAGCACUGGCUGGGCCUACUGGGGCCCAACGGGACCCAGCCACAGAUUGCCAACUGCAGCAUUUAUGAUUUUUUUGUGUGGCUUCAUUAUUAUUCUGUUAGAGAUACAUUAUUAGGACCAGGGCGCCCCUAUAAGGCCAUAGAUUUCUCACAUCAAGGGACUGCCUUUGUUACUUGGCAUCGGUACCAUUUGUUGUGGCUGGAAAGAGAUCUCCAGCGACUCACUGGCAAUGAGUCCUUUGCUUUGCCCUAUUGGAACUUUGCCACUGGGAGGAAUGAGUGUGACGUGUGUACAGACCAGCUGCUUGGGGGAGCAAGACAAGAUGACCCAACUCUGAUUAGUCAGAGCUCAAGAUUCUCCACCUGGGAGAUUGUCUGCAACAGCUUGGAUGACUACAAUCACCGGGUCACCCUGUGUAAUGGAACCUAUGAAGGCUUCCUGAGAAGAAAUCAAGUGGGAAGAAAUAAUGAGAAAUUGCCAAGCUUGAAAAACAUACAAGACUGCUUGUCCCUCCAGCAGUUUGACAAUCCUCCUUUCUACCAGAACUCUACCUUCAGCUUCAGGAACGCCCUGGAAGGAUUUGACAAAUCAGAUGGGACGCUGGACUCUCAAGGGAUGAACCUUCAUAAUUUGGUCCAUGCCUUCUUGAAUGGGACGAAUGCUUUGCCACACUCAGCUGCCAAUGAUCCUGUUUUUGUGGUCCUUCAUUCCUUUACUGAUGCCAUCUUUGAUGAGUGGAUGAAAAGAAAUAAUCCUCCUGCAGAUUCCUGGCCUCAGGAGCUGGCACCCAUCGGUCACAAUAGAAUGUACAACAUGGUUCCUUUCUUCCCUCCGGUGACUAACGAGGAACUCUUCUUAACCGCAGACCAACUUGGCUACAGUUAUGCCAUUGAUCUGCCAGUUUCAGUUGAAGAAACUCCAGGUUGGACCACAACACUUUCAAUAGUUAUGGGAACACUGGUGGCUUUGGUUGGUCUUUUUGUGCUGCUGGUUUUCUUUCAAUACAGAAGGCUUCGCAAAGGAUAUACACCCCUAAUGGAGACACAUUUAAACAACAAAAGAUACUCAGAUGACGCCUAG